CGCCGGGGGACAGCCCAGGUGAUCCGCCGCUGGGGAAGACAGGGGUUAAAAUGAAUGAAGAUCUGAAGGUUAAUUUGAGCUGGCUGCCUCAGGAUCAUGUAGAAGCCAGCUCUACAGAGAAUGCCUCAGCUGCAGGCUCCUCCCUGGUUCCUGCCGUAGACCCUGAGCCAGAGCUUUUGGUAAACCCCUGGGACAUUGUCUUGUGUACUUCAGGGACCCUUAUCUCCUGCGAAAAUGCCAUUGUGGUUCUGAUCAUUUUCCAUAAUCCCAGUCUUCGCGCCCCCAUGUUCCUCCUGAUAGGCAGCCUGGCGCUGGCAGAUCUCUUAGCAGGCAUUGGAUUGAUCAUCAAUUUUGUUUUUGCCUACCUUCUGCAGUCAGAAGCUACGAAACUGGUUACGAUUGGACUGAUUGUUGCCUCUUUCUCAGCAUCUGUUGGCAGCUUGCUGGCUAUCACUGUUGAUCGUUACCUCUCCCUGUAUUAUGCUCUGACUUACAAUUCAGAGAGGACUGUCACUUUUACCUAUGUCAUGCUCAUAUUGCUCUGGGGAGCAUCUAUCUGUAUUGGACUGCUGCCUGUGAUGGGCUGGAACUGCCUCAGAGAUGAAUCCACCUGCAGUGUUAUCAGACCACUCACUAAAAAUAAUGCAGCUGUCCUUUCGGUCUCUUUCUUGCUUAUGUUUGCCCUCAUGCUGCAGCUCUACAUUCAGAUCUGUAAAAUCGUGAUGCGCCAUGCCCAUCAGAUUGCCUUGCAACACCAUUUCCUGGCCACUUCCCACUAUGUGACCACCCGAAAAGGAGUGUCUACUUUGGCCAUUAUUUUGGGGACCUUUGCAGCUUGCUGGAUGCCUUUUACGCUCUAUUCUUUAAUAGCAGAUUACACCUAUCCUUCUAUAUACACCUAUGCCACCCUCCUGCCAGCCACCUACAAUUCCAUCAUCAAUCCUGUAAUAUAUGCUUUUAGAAACCAGGAGAUACAGAAAGCACUUUGGCUCGUCUGUUGUGGCUGUAUUCCUUCUAACCUGUCUCAGAGGGCAAGAUCACCCAGUGAUGUCUGAUUGGCAGCCACGAGGACGCUCCUUAACAUGUUACUUUCCAGACAUUCUGUCUUUGGUUUAGAUGCAUUCAUUAAAUGGUGUGUGAUGGGUUCACAUAGAAACCGCAGGAUGGACUGACCUUUUUGUAAACAGAAAACCCCAGCGACCGAAAUCAAUCGAGUGGUUUAAGGAAGAUUUCCAAAAUCAAAAUAAUCAGUGUUCUUAACAGAUUUAUAAUGUUGCUCAGGGUCUUUUUGUCAUAUUACCCAGACUUUGCGAUGUUUGCCAUGAUUUUACAUUAAGUUUUCUAAUUAAAAUUAGAUUGAAACAACAUACUUUAAAAUUGUUUAUGUGAUUGAGUUUAGUCAUACUGCAUGUUACAAUCUGUUGUUUGGGUAUUUUUUUCCUCUUUAAUUUUUUUAAAACAGAAAAAAUAACCCCAAACCAAGUCCUGUUAACCCCAUCUGUAUAACAUCAGAAUACUCUUCAAAAUAAUGGCCAAUUGUACUGAUUUAUAUGGAAUUUAUUGUAAUAAUAUCAGUGAAACGAAUCGAAGUGAGAAAGUACUUGUGCUGCUUUUUAUUUUACAUCUCAGCAUGAACUAGGUUGACAGUUGUUUUCAAGAGUUACCUGUUCUCUCAUGUGUUCUGGCUGGAUGUUAAAGCAAGAGAUAUGUGUUGAUUUCCUUUUCAAAAAUCAGACAUACGUUUUUACUUGCAUGUGGGACAUCGGAGCUAUGCUGUUGAUUUUAAAACUGACGAGGGUAUCUUUGAAAUUGAUGAAACAAUAUGGCCUCUUUCAGCUAUGCAUUUGUAAUAGAUUGAAAACUAGGUUUCUCAGACAAGUUUAUCUUUUCAGAACAGUAUGAGAAAUGUUUCAUAAAACAAUCUAUAGAUUGCUCACAGCACUUACUUAGCACAAAUGGUUCCCCUACAUUUUUUACCAAGUCAAUACUAUUACCAUUUGUUUUCGCUGUUCUCCAAUGUAAUUUUAAAUACCAACAUUUAUAAAUUCUCAAAGCAUAUCUGGUUCAUAAUUGUAUGCAAACAGGACUGCAAGAUGAAACAGUGUUUUCUCCUUUUCUGGCAGUUUCAUUCUUUGCACUGUACACAUGUCAGGUCAUUUCAUUAUAGAACUUCAUUAUAGUUCUGGUCUAGAAAGCAGAGCUUCCUCUCGUGGAUGGUUAAAUUUCAAACUGCUUCUAACCUUCCACUGA